UUGUACAUUACCGCCACCUUUUGAAGUGGAGUGUGGCUCUCUAAACCAAAUAUGGAAAUGUCGAUACCAACGUUAGUAUCAAUAUUUAUCGAUACCAAUGUAAAAGAUCGAUACUUAGGCUUCAGUUGGUUUCCUGUUGAGGUUUCAUUGAAGAUGGAACCAAAUUCCAUACAGAUCUCCUGACUGCGUGGCCUACAUGCUAACUAGGUAAACUUAGAAAAAAGAAAAAACAAUGUAAAUUGUGUUAAAAACAUCAGUUCUUGUUAGCAUUAUGAAUUUUUAUGUUAUACAUAUUUUAUACUGCGAGUGAACGCAAUUCAACUGAGCACAAACAUGAGCGACUCACAAACAGCAGAUGGCACUAUUUCACUUUACGGCAGACUCUUGUGUUCUUAUGACGUCUAUUGCAUUGUCGCGACGUGAAUGUAUAAUAUUUUAUAUCUAUAUUUAUGUCUAUCUUAGUAGCUGAUAUGAAUUGUGAUACCGGGGGCGACUAUUCUGGUCUACAACUAACUGCUAGACGAUUAGCUUGGUAAAGUUGUAAACCAUAAGACAAAACCGGAAGUUAAAAUAACGAACAAAUCAAUACAGUAUCUAAAAUCUAAAACCCAUUUAACUACAAAAACACAUAAGAACGCUGCCAAACCCGCGCUAUUUUCUGACUUAUUUACUUACUUUAAAUUUCCUUUCUAGCUGUUUUGUUUUGAAAGUUCCAACAGGGGUCAUGUUUUGAAAGUUCCAACAGGAAGUUCGUGUGUGAGCUCCGAUUGUGUUUGUUUGAGAGCUGAGCUGCUGGUGGUUGGUCAGUGUCGUCACAAGGCAGCAUGAGACUCUCAUCUGCUUACCAGGGAUGCACACAUUGGACAGAAAAAGCCGUAUGAUGGCUCAUUUCAAGGGAAGUGACAUGUGGAAGACCGAAAUUCUUCUACUGAUGUUUGCAGUAGUGCUGGGCUCAAAGGUUACACGCUGUGAGGACAUGGAGUCUAUGGAAGGAGAUGAGUUAGCCUCGCAAGAUCAGCAGGAGAAUGUGGCCGACAUAUUGGCGGUUCUGGGAACGACACGUCACCAGAUCCUGGCUGCGCAGUUUGAGUGCUACUUGAAGAUAAUUCGUGAUCCGCCGCGAGCUGAUGAAGGUAGUUACUGUAACCGCACAUGGGAUGGCUGGCUAUGUUGGGGGGAUUCGGCACCAGGGACCGCCAUCCAGAUGUGCCCUGAAUACUUCCACGAUUUUGACCCUGCCGAGAAAGUGACCAAAGUAUGCAAUCCUAACGGCCAGUGGUUCCACCACCCAGAGAGCAACAGAGUUUGGUCCAACUACACUCAGUGUCAGAUCUACACCAAAGACAAACUCAAGUUUGCCAUCAGUCUCUACUACCUAGCCAUGGUGGGUCACGGCCUCUCCAUUGUCUCCCUCAUCAUCUCCCUCAUCAUCUUCUCCUACUUCAAGAGUCUUAGCUGCCAGAGAAUCUCCCUCCACAAGAACACCCUCCUCUCCUUCAUUUUCAACUCAGUCGUUACCAUCAUGUGGCUUUCUCUCACGGUGGCCAACAACCAGGCCAUCAACACCAGCAACCCACUGAGCUGUAAAGUGUUGGCCGUGUUGACUCAGUACACAUCCACCUCCAACUACUUCUGGAUGCUGUGCGAGGGCAUCUACCUUCAUACUCUCAUCAUAGUGGCCGUCUUUGUUGGGGAGCAGCAGCUCUUCUGGUACUACGUCCUGGGGUGGGGAUUUCCUAUCAUUCCUGCCAUCACGUAUGCCGUGGCUCGUGGCUAUUUCUUUAACGACAAGUGUUGGUUCAGCUCACACACUCACCUGCUCUACAUCAUCCAUGGCCCCAUUCAAGCUGCACUGCUGGUCAACUUGUUCUUUCUGCUGAACAUUUUGCGGGUUCUGAUCACCAAGCUGAAGGAGACCCACUGUGCCGAGUCCACGACUUAUAUGAAGGCUGUGAGAGCCACCCUCAUCCUCAUCCCUCUGCUGGGGGUACAGUUCAUCCUCUUCCCCUGGAGGCCCGAGGGACGCAUCAGCCGGGCGAUCUAUGACUUCUUUGUAAAUAUCUUUUGCCAUUUCCAGGGACUCCUGGUUGCAAUUAUAUUCUGUUUCUGCAAUGGUGAGGCCCAAACAGCACUGAAGAGGAAAUGGGCCCAGUGGAAAUUAGCCUGGGAUAAGACCGGCUGGGGCGAGACCCCCACCACCACCCACAGCCACUUCAGCUACCACAACAAUUCCUCCAUCACAGAAACCAGCCGCGCCACUGUAAGCUUGGAGCAACCCGACGCUCACUGGAAGAGUGGCGAGAGCGCUCCCUUCCUGUCUGAAAGUAGCGCGGCGUGCGACACCAGAGAGGCUGACACGAUGAACAAGUUGCGGACGACCAACAUUUGACGCAGAUGACGACGCUACCGCCAUUUUUGUCAUAAUAGAACCCUGGUCUUUUGUAUUUUAAGUGCAACUUAAAAGCCAUUGUAUAUUCAGAUUGAAAAACACAUCACGUACAUAAAUGAUAUCACUGUGUAGUGCUUAUAUAUGUCAUAGUUUUGUAUAUAUAUAUGUUGUGCCUUAGAACUUAUUUACUAUAAUUCCUCAUAUAGUGUUUAGGGUUUAGUGCAGGCUUUAUACUAUCUACUUUCUUAGACUGAAAUAUAAAUGUCAGCUUUACAGAUGCCAUGUGUUGUGUAUCACCUGAUUUUUUUUUCUUUCUCAGGGGAAAAAAUGCCACUAUUUCAGGUGUGGUUGUAUUUAUUCAAGUGGAAUAACCCAUGGAUUAAUUCAGGCUACUAUACAGGCUACUAUUUGAGGGAUUAUGUUAUUAUGGGCAAUAAUGCUUUAGUGCCUUUGUGAAUGUUUUUUUUCUGCCCCACUGAAAACACACUUGUUACUUUGACAUUCCAAUUAAAAAAAGAACAUGAGUUGUAUCUUGGAAACUUGAUUGUGGAUUAUUCAUGGCGUAUCUUUGAAAAAACAUGUCCAUAAAAAAGGGGGGUCCUUUUUGAAAUAUGUGCACU